ACCCCACUGUUAACCGCAGACGAAACGGACCUUGGGCUUCCCGUCACAGCGUGAAGAUAAUUUUUGUUAUAAAUUUUGACUUAACUAAACUGAGUGCUGCUCUUAUAAUUACAAUUACACUGUUGGUGGUUGUGAGUUGUUUUGCUUUUGAUAGUUGAUAAACAGGUGACGCGUAAUUUUUUUUGCCUCACCUUUGCCCGUCUGGGAUAUUUUUCCCCUCACGACGUGGGAUGAGAUGGAGAAAACAUUAAGCUGUGUCGGCUUGACAAACUCGCAAUAUGAAGACAUAUUUAAGGCUGCAAUUAAUGGUGAUCAAAAAGAAGUUGCAACGGAUGAUCCUGUGUUGGAUGGUACAACGGUGGUGGUUGAAGCUAACCCUAAAGCUGACUUUGAAACAGACGAGGCGAAACUUUGCACUGCUGCUUUAAAAGUUGACCACUCAGAGUCGAGUAAAAGAAAGCAAAAAAAAUCUAAGGCUGAACGUCUCAAUAUCAGUGAUGCACUGUUUAAGCGUAACGCUACCCCUAAGUUGAAAAAUUGUGACAUGAAAGAGUAUGGAUAUGAAAUAUGGGUGCAGUGCAGCAACCAAGCAUGCAGCAAAUGGAGACGUCUCCAUAAUGCCUCGGAUACCUCGGUGCUCGUUGACGUGUGGACGUGUGACAUGAACAAGGAUACAAUGUACAACUCAUGCAGCACCGCAGAGGAGGACUGUAGCUAUGAGAGUGAUGUGGAGACAGACUUGCAACCUGGUUCCCUCGUGUGGGCAAAGCAGUUUGGUUAUCCUUGGUGGCCGGGUAUGGUAGAAAAUGAUCCAGAGACGGAAAAGUAUUUUCUUGCCUCCAAGAAAAAGGGUGUGAUGAAAUACCACGUGACAUUUUUCGACAACGUAAGUUCUCGAUCAUGGAUCCCCACCUACUUCAUCAAACCAUUUGAAAACUCCAUGGAGAAUAUGUUUUCCACGAAGGGUCAAAAUGGUCGAUAUUUCACAAAAAGGAUUGCUGAUGCUGUACGGAAAGCAAACUGCGCCACGAAGAUGAGUAUGCAGAAACGCCUGGAUGAGUUUGGAUUUUCAGAAACGUAUAACCAAGAUGCAGAAAUGGAAUACAAAGAUACCGAUAGUUCCCAAGACUCUGAAGGUGAACUUUCACGUAAAAGGAAGACAUCAAAGGAGCUCAAUCAGAAGGCCAAACGGGGAAAGAAAACAGCUAAGGAGAGCACUGAGGAGGAAGAGCCUUGUAAGAAACCACCACGCAAACGUGACACAUUCAAGAAGAAAGGCGUUCCUGCAGAUUUGGAAAAAGGAAACAAAGAGAAGACCUUUGGGGAAAAAGUAACCACACUUCAAUUUCCCAGCGCAAAAGCAACAUCUGUUGAUGUAAAGUUUGUGAUGUCUAAACUGGAAAAUGAAGCACCAGAUGGAGUGGACAUUGCAAUGAACUCAGGGAACAACAGGCCGCCGCAGCAGAUGAGCACGAGGGAGCGGCUGCAGUAUAAGGUGAAACAGAAGGGCAAGAAGAGAGACGAGAGCAAGUACACGGUGGAGCAGCUGCUGGAAAAGGCGGGCGAGUGUGCCGACAGCUGCAAUGUGGAGCUGGCCGCCAUGUUCUGCCAACGAGCGCUGGAGAUGGAGCCCGACCAUUUGCAGGGGCUGGACAUGGCAGGCAGCCUCCAGGCCGAGCUAGGCAACGUGGACAAGGCGCAACACUGCCUCCUGCGUGCCGUGGAGUUGAGCCCUGACGAGGGCCACGCCAAGUACAUGUACCUGGGCCAACUGAGCACCGGCGCAGAUGCCGUCGGCUUCUUCAGCAAGGGUGUGGAGAUCAUGGCACGCACGCUGCAGGCGCAGCCCGCGCAGGCUUCUGCUGCCAGCCUGGAUGAUGGAGCCGAGGUCACUCCCAGGGACGUGUCUGCUGCUUACUGCUCCAUCGCUGAGAUUUAUCUCACAGACCUGUGCAUGGAGGAGGGGUCGUCCGAACGGUGCAAGCAGACCCUGGGACAGGCCCUGGAGGCCGACUCCAGCAACCCCGAGGCCCUGCAGCUCAUGGCCAGCUACCUCUUCAGCACUGAGCAGCCACAGGAAGGGAAGGUUUACCUGCUGCAGUCUCUCUCUGCCUGGCUGCCCAGCCGGCAGCAAGGCCAAGAAGCAGAGAACCGGACAGAGGCACCAGACGAUGCCACGGAGAUGCUGGCCCAACUCCCUCCCUAUGAGAGCAGAAUAUCAACAGCGAAACUCCUCUCCGAGGUUGAAGAGUAUGAGUUGGCGUCCGACGUGCUGGAGGGCUUGCUGGAGGAGGACGACGAGGUUGUGCAGGUGUGGUACCUGCUGGGGUGGGUGAGCUACCUGCAGGCCAAGUGUGCGCCUCCAGAUGAGGCCGCGGGACAGCAGGACUCGGCCAGGACGUGUUUGCACAAGGCCAAGAAGCUUGCCGCCAAACUGGGGUGCGACGACGAGGCCAUGAUGGCCCAUGUGGAGGAGGUCAUGGCGGAGCUGGGGCCCGGCGACGGGCCCCCAGACAGUGAGGACGAUGACGCGGCACCCAUGGAGGACGGUGUCGAUGAUGAGGAGGAACUGCUGCAGAGCAGCGAUGAGGAGGAGGUGACCAAGGAAGAUGAGCACAUGGAACAGUGAACCUGGGGAGAUGGAACAUAUGGGGGCUUGGCUUGGUCGUCUGAGCGAGCUUUCUGAAGUGGAAGAAUGGUGUAUCUGUUUGGCUCGCUUUUGGUAUAAAGCAACUCUGAUAUAUUUCAUAAGAGGAGUGGUUUUCCAAGCCGUACCUCUGCUGUACUUUUUGUAAAUAUGAAUGAAUUUGCACUGCAUGAACAGGUAUUUGUACAUGUUGUGGUGAUUGGCAUCCAUAUGUAACAUUUUUAUAAGCUUGGUUCAUUUUGAUGCGUAAUUAUAUGAUCUUUGUUGAUAUGUUUUUGUUAUUAUUUAUCGCAUAUAUUAAGCAGGAAUUUCAAGAAUAGUUUCUAUGCAUGUGUGCUAGUGGCAUGGUCAAAAAAAUUGGUUCCGCCUGAUGUUUUCAUUUCGUUAUUAAACAGAAUUUCUGUUUAUGAAUUGUACAGCUUUGGGGCAUCUAUGAAAAAAGCUUUAUCGCUCUUUGGAUUCCUCCAGUAUAAAUGAAUAUUCUGAAUUUGGGGACAUAGACGUAUUAGGGAGAAGAGGGGGGUAGGUGACGAGCACGUUAGUAGCAGAGAACUGGUGGAGGGUGUAAGCGGAUUUGGGUAGCUGGAGAGGAACCAGGGCCCAGAGGGAAGAUAUGAGGCGUGUAAGGCGAUUGGUGGAGAUAGUCUCAAAAGUAAAAAAAGUAAUACUGUUUCGGACUUUCGUUUGCGUUUUUUUUUAUUUUGCUUGGGCGUGCAACUCCGUUAAUAAAUUGUUGAACGUCAAGAUUCUUGCCUCUCGUGCGGUCACGACACCUGCAGCGGCUGUGUUGGACGACUCCUGUGCUGUGCACUAUAUCCGAUUUCAAUUUUCAUUUUUCCUAAAGUGUUAGCUUUGUGUUUCAAUAAAGUUUUAAUUGUAUACAA